GGGACGUGUCUCGUUGUUGUCAUAAAGUAUACUAUAUGUAUAAAACGUGAGAUACGAUGUAAAUUCUGUAAUAUUUGAAAUUUUGUAAGUAGUUGUAUUAUUGUUGAAACUCCUCUCUCUAAACUAAACUAACCUGGACUAGCACAGACCUAUAGCAAGCUAGACAGAGCAUGCGAUGGUUGCAUGGACUGCACCUUGCAAGGGUCAUCGCUCCGAGUAAUCAGACUUUAAACUUACUUCAACUAAACCACACUUUGUGCUGCUGCCUCUGAAGUUAGCCGAGGAAUUCAGGAACACCAGUGCCAACAAAUAUGGACAUGCCAGAAUCCAGUCCACCCACCUCAAACAAAUCUCAAGAUGCAGAGGCUGGACAGACCCUCUCAGACGAAGCUGUUGUAAUAAAACCGACUUUUGAAAUGAAAAGAGAGCUGGGUUUCAUCAGCAGUAUAGCAAUUAUCAUCGGCACCAUUGUUGGUUCCGGAAUUUUCGUGUCACCCAAGGGUGUGCUGCAGAGAACGGGGUCCGUGGGGCUCAGCCUCGUUGUCUGGGUUGGUGCUGGCCUCAUCGGCCUCCUGGGAGGACUGUGCUAUGCGGAGCUGGGCACCCUGAUCCAGAAAUCUGGCGGGGAAUACGCCUACAUGAGGGCAGCACUGGGCAACAUGAUCGCCUUUGAGUUCACCUGGGUUUCUGUUAUUGUAGUGAGAACCUCCUCCCUAGCCAUCAUGACACUGACCCUGGCAGAGUACUUGGUGACCUUUUUUGGUGCAUGUGUCAACACUGAUGCAUUGAAGAAGAUUAUUGCAGCUGCUGCAGUGGUACUCGUGGGGAUUGUGAACUCUUACAGUACAAAGCUGGCAGCACAGGUUCAGGUUCUGACUACCGUCAUGAAAGUAGCAGCUCUAGUUAUUAUCCUGGUUGGAGGAAUCGUCAUGCUCUUUGAGGGCAAGACAGAAAACCUCAAAACAGGAUUCAGUGGUUCUACAGACUCUCCAUCUCAAAUUGCACUGGCUUUUUAUAGUGCUCUCUGGGCCUAUGAUGGAUGGCAAAACCUGAACUAUGUGAUUGAAGAAGUGAAAGAUCCUGCAAAAAAUCUUCCACGUGCAAAUAUUGCUGCCAUUCUGAUAGUAAUCCUUCUCUAUACACUGACCAAUGUGUCCUACCUGACUGUCAUGACAUCAACAGAACUGCUGGAUGCUGAUGCAGUUGCCAUGCUCUGGGGAAAAAGAGUAUUAAAGAGUGCUGCCAUCCUCAUGCCCCUUAGUGUCAUCAUAUCCACCUUUGGGUCUGCUAAUGGCACUGCAUUUACAGGAAGCAGGACAAUAUUUGCUGCAGCUAGAGACAAUAAUUUACCUGCAUUCUUGUCUUAUAUACACAUCAAGCAGAGGACCCCAUUGACAUCCAUGAUUUUCACUAUUGUUGUGGCACUUUUGAUGAUAGCUGCUGGCGAUAUAUCCAGUCUAAUUGACUUUCUUGGCUUUGUUACCUGGUUAUUCUAUGGCCUUAACUUCUUGGCUGUUGUCAUAUUGCGAUUCAGAAUGAAGGACGCCUCACGACCAUACAGGGUGCCGAUAAUCAUACCCAUUGUUAUGACAGUGGUGGCCAUAUAUCUGGUUAUCGCUCCUAUUGUUGAGUCUCCACAAAUCGAGUUUCUUUAUGCCUUUCUGUUUCUGAUUGGAGGACUUGUGUUUUAUUUUCCUUUUGUAUAUUUCAAGCUGAAAUUUCCAGGCACAGAUAAAUUUACUAUCUGGUCACAGCUGAUGUUGGAGGUAUCACCAACAGAUUACCAUGAGGAUUAAGAAAACCAUUUUGCUAAUUGUGCAGCAUGAUCUCCAGAGGUCAUCCCAAAUCUUACCUCCCCACAUAGGGCAAGAGCAGCAACUUUUGGUGCAUGUUCAUUCACUGAAUCUACACAAGAUAGGAUUAUUGUCAAAAUAUGUACAGCGAAAGCCAGAAAUGCACUGCAUUUGUGCUGACAUUGAUUCAGAUAUUUCUUUGUUUUCUUUUGGAGUUUUACCUUAUAACAUGCACAAACAACAUCUCUAGUUUCAUUUGGCAGUUUAUAAAAAGAAUCUUCAAAACAAAAAUAUUAAGAAAUUAUUCACUUACUCAUUUCAGUUAUGGCUUUACUUUUGUAUGAAAAAGAAGUCAGCUACAUGGUACUUCAAUUGGAAAGUGCUGCAAUAAUAAACCUAAUUAAUGGUAAUAAUUGAUUCUAAAAGUUUUCUUCUAUGUUUGUUAUAUUCUAAACAAGUUUAUAAAGAAUGAACAAAGAGUUAGCAUUACAUGACUUUCUGAGAACAUUAUGAAAGUUUUAGAAAUAGUAACAAAUAUGAAAUGCUAAUGACUCUUCUGGUAAUAUUAAAAAUAUUUGUCAAUUUUAAAAUUUGUAAUGCUAACUGGCUAUUGAAUAUAUUUACUGAGGUUUGUUUUGCCUGCCUGCUAAGAAAUAGUUGUUUACUGUACUUUCCUUGUCUAUGUUUUCAUUUCUUAAAUCAUUAUUUGAAAGGUUGUAAAUAAAGUUAUUUACAUAGUUUUGAUUCAUUGUCAUAGUCUGAUACACAAUUGAUUUUUGAAGUUUUGAGUGAAUUUCCAGAUUAAAUUUUACUUGUAAAUUUGUAAUUUAUUUGUAAUUUUACUUUGGUACAAAUGCUUAAGGUACAUUGAACAGAUGGGAGUGGAGCUGAGCAGACUAAACAGACGGGAGUGGGGCCUAGAUUUGUGUGCUGUUAAUGAACUGCCUAGAAUAAACUAGGUGAUAGGGAUAUUGGAUGUUUUGGUGUGGAUCAUUUAAACUGUGACCUGGCCUUUCUGAAGUGUAAUUGUACUGCACCUCUUGCCUAUUCAGUGCAGGAAUCAAUAUCUAGCUUAACACUAUUUACAUAAAGUGUCAUAUGUUUUCAAGUUAAACAUUUAUUCCUUUAUUUUAAUUAAAGGAACACUAGCAAUCAACAUUUACUGCUUGUUCAAUAUCUCAGUAGUAAAUUACAUGUUACAAAAACAGAACAAAUAUAUACAUAAUUACCUUUUUCUGCUCUCACUCAUUAAAUUACAAAAUAAUGUUGAAAUCAAACAUUUAUUUCAUGAAAAAUUGGAAAUCUGGAUGAGGACUAAUCAAAGAAAAUUAAAAUUAUACUGGAUAUACAGCAUAUAGGCAAUAAUGUUAAAGCAGUCUAAAGCAGUAAGUCUGGUCAUUGACAGAAAACAGGGAGUCCUAGUACUUUAAAAAAUAACCAACCAUUAUUAACCUAAAGUUUCAAAUUUCAUU